AUGUCCUUUCCACCACCACCACCCCCCGGAUGGGGUCCCCCUCCGCCGCCACCUCCUCCUCCAUCAUCGUCCCUCCCUCCACCACCAGCCGCACCAGCUCCCCCGCCGCCUGGCUAUCGCCCUCCGACCGAUCCCCAGAUCGCCAAGUUCGCUCAAAAGAAGAAGGAAUGGCUUCGAAAUCAGCGCAACCGAUUCGGCGAGAAGCGCAAGGGUGGCUUCGUGGAGACACAGAAGGCAGAUAUGCCCCCUGAGCACCUGCGCAAGAUCGUCAAGGACAUUGGUGAUGUGUCGCAAAAGAAGUACACCAGCGAUAAGCGUAGUUACCUUGGUGCAUUGAAGUUCAUGCCCCAUGCUGUCAUGAAGCUUCUCGAAAAUAUGCCAAUGCCAUGGGAGUCUGACAGGAAAGUCAAGGUUCUGUACCAUGUCAACGGCUGCUUGACGUUGGUCAAUGAGAUCCCAAGAGUCAUUGAGCCUGUCUUCUUUGCGCAGUGGGCAAUGAUGUGGACGUUUAUGAGGAAGGAGAAGGCCGACAGACGUCUCUUCAAGCGCAUGCGAUUCCCCCCUUUCGACGACGAAGAACCGCCUCUGUCUUGGUCCGAGAACAUCGAGGAUGUUGAGCCCUUGGAGCCUAUUCAGAUGGAGCUGAACGAAGAGGAGGAUGCCGCCGUGUUCGAGUGGUUCUAUGAUCACAGGCCACUACUCGAUACUCCUCAUGUCAACGGAGACAGCUACCGGUCGUGGAACCUCAACCUACAACAAAUGGCAACGCUUUUCAGAUUGAGUCGACCUCUCAUCUCUGACGUGGUGGAUAAGAACUACUUCCACCUCUUCGAUUUGAGGAGCUUCCUCACUGGAAAGGCCCUCAAUGUUGCCCUCCCCGGCGGGCCACGGUUCGAGCCUCUGUACAAGGAUAUCGAUCCCAACGAUGAGGACUUCGGAGAGUUUAACGCCAUCGACCGCAUCAUCUUCAGAAACGCUAUUCGCACAGAAUUCCGGGUGGCUUACCCCUAUUUGUACAACUCCCUUCCAAGAAGUGUGCAUCUAGCCUGGCACUCUCACCCCCAGGUGGUCUUUGAGCGAUCAGAGAAUCCCGAUCUUCCCGCUUUCCACUUUGACCGCAGAAUCCACCCCAUCUCCUCACGCGCGGUGGCACCAAAGAACCUCACUAUCAGUCACGAGGAUGAAAUCUUUGGUCCCGGCAACAAUGAGGAGCCCGAGGAUGAUGCAUUUGAACUCCCUGUCGAAUUCGAGCCUUUCCUCGGAGAGGAGGAACUGACCAACGAGGACACAGCGUCGGCAAUUGAGUUGUGGUGGGCUCCUUUCCCCUUCGAUCGUCGGUCAGGUCGCAUGGUGCGGGCUCAGGAUGUCCCUCUUAUCAAGCAAUGGUACUUGGAGCAUCCUCCUUCCGACAAGCCACCUGUCAAGGUCCGCGUCUCUUACCAGAAGCUGCUCAAGAACUUCGUCUUGAAUGAACUACACAAGAAGAAGCCCAAGGCACAGCAAAACCAAAACCUGAUGCGCAACCUGAAGCAGACAAAAUUCUUCCAGCAGACUGAGAUCGACUGGGUUGAAGCUGGUCUUCAAGUCUGCAGACAGGGUUUCAACAUGCUCAAUCUCCUUAUUCACCGCAAGAAUCUGACCUAUCUUCACCUCGAUUACAACUUUAAUUUGAAGCCCGUCAAGACCUUGACUACCAAAGAGCGAAAGAAAUCCCGUUUCGGAAACGCAUUCCAUCUCAUGCGUGAGAUUCUGCGUUUGACCAAGCUUAUUGUAGAUGCCCAGGUGCAGUACCGCCUUGGCAAUAUCGACGCCUUCCAACUCGCCGAUGGCAUUCUAUAUGCUUUCAACCACGUCGGCCAGCUUACCGGCAUGUACCGCUACAAGUACAAGCUGAUGCAUCAAAUUCGUUCUUGCAAGGACUUGAAGCACUUGAUUUACUACCGCUUCAACUCCGCUCCCGUCGGCAAGGGUCCUGGUUGCGGUUUUUGGGCCCCCGCUUGGAGAGUUUGGCUGUUUUUCAUGCGUGGUAUUAUUCCCCUCCUCGAGAGGUGGCUCGGAAACCUGUUGUCCCGUCAGUUCGAGGGUCGCCACAGCAAGGGUGUUGCCAAGACAGUCACCAAGCAGCGUGUGGAGUCUCACUUUGAUCUCGAGCUACGUGCGUCCGUGAUGGCUGAUCUGAUGGAUAUGAUGCCCGAGGGUAUCAAGCAAAACAAGGUCAACACUGUCCUUCAGCAUUUGUCUGAGGCAUGGAGAUGCUGGAAGAGUAACAUCCCCUGGAAGGUGCCUGGUCUGCCGGCACCCAUCGAGAACAUCAUCCUGCGUUAUGUAAAGGCGAAGGCCGACUGGUGGAUUUCUGUCGCUCACUACAACCGAGAACGUAUCCGCCGCGGCGCAACGGUUGACAAGACGGUGGCCAAGAAGAACGUCGGACGUCUCACCCGAUUGUGGCUCAAGGCCGAGCAAGAGAGACAGCACAACCACAUGAAGGACGGUCCCUACGUCUCUUCAGAAGAGGCUGUCGCGAUUUACACCACCACUGUUCACUGGUUGGAGUCUCGCAAGUUCUCUCCCAUCCCUUUCCCCAGUGUGUCCUACAAGCACGACACAAAGAUUCUCAUUCUGGCACUGGAGCGCCUGCGAGAAGCUUACUCUGUCAAGGGCCGUCUCAACCAGAGUCAGCGCGAGGAGUUGGCUUUGAUUGAGCAGGCAUAUGACAGUCCCGGCACCACUCUGGAGCGUAUCAAGCGUUUCCUCCUUACCCAGCGCGCCUUCAAGGAAGUCGGCAUCGAUAUGAACGACAACUACAGCACCAUCAACCCUGUCUAUGACAUUGAACCCAUUGAGAAGAUCAGCGAUGCUUAUCUCGACCAGUACCUCUGGUACCAGGCCGACCAGCGCCACCUGUUCCCCGCGUGGAUCAAGCCUUCAGACUCCGAAGUACCGCCGCUCCUGACCUACAAGUGGGCUCAAGGUAUCAACAACCUCGACAAGGUGUGGGAGACUGAGAAUGGAGAGUGCAACGUCAUGAUCGAAACGGAGCUGUCCAAGGUAUACGAGAAGAUCGAGCUGACUUUGCUCAACUCUCUGCUCCGGCUGAUCAUGGAUCACAACCUUGCGGAUUACAUUACUGCAAAGAACAACGUCCAGUUGACGUACAAGGACAUGAACCAUGUCAACAGCUACGGUAUGAUCCGUGGAUUGCAGUUCUCUGCAUUCGUUUUCCAGUACUACGGUCUCGUGCUCGACCUCCUUCUCCUUGGCCCUCAGCGUGCCAGUGAGAUCGCGGGUCCUCCCCAGAGCCCCAACGACUUCCUUCAGUUCCGCGACAGGGAGACUGAGACAAGACACCCCAUCCGUCUCUACACCCGUUACAUUGACAAGAUCUGGGUCUUCUUGCGGUUCACAGCUGAUGAAUCCCGAGAUCUCAUUCAACGUUUCCUCACUGAGCAGCCUGAUCCCAACUUUGAGAACGUCAUUGGAUACAAGAGUAAGAAAUGCUGGCCUCGUGACUCGCGUAUGCGCCUCAUGAGACACGAUGUCAACCUGGGCAGAGCCGUCUUCUGGGAUCUGAAGAACCGUCUGCCUCGUUCUGUUACGACAAUCGAGUGGGAUGACAGCUUCGCCAGCGUCUACAGUCGUGACAACCCGAACUUGUUGUUCUCGAUGUGCGGUUUCGAGGUUCGCAUUCUGCCCAAGUGCAGAAACCAGAAUGACGAUUUCUCAGUCAAGGACAGUGUCUGGUCCUUGGUUGACAACACGAGCAAGGAGAGGACGGCGCACGCCUUCCUUCAAGUCACGGAAGAAGACAUUCAAAAGUUCAACAACCGAAUCCGUCAAAUUCUCAUGUCAUCGGGUUCGACAACCUUCACCAAGAUUGCCAACAAGUGGAACACUGCUUUGAUCGCGCUGUUUACGUACUAUCGUGAGGCAGCAGUGUCUACCGUCAGUUUGCUUGACACUAUUGUCAAGUGUGAGACCAAGAUUCAGACAAGAGUCAAGAUCGGACUGAACUCCAAGAUGCCCUCUCGUUUCCCUCCGGCAGUGUUCUACACGCCCAAGGAGCUGGGAGGUUUGGGCAUGAUUUCUGGAUCGCACAUCUUGAUCCCUGCCAGUGACAAGCGUUGGUCAAAGCAGACUGACACUGGCGUCACGCACUACCGCGCCGGAAUGACGCAUGACGAGGAGACGCUCAUCCCCAAUAUCUUCCGUUACAUUAUUCCGUGGGAGGCCGAGUUCAUUGACUCGCAGCGAGUCUGGACAGAAUACUCACAGAAGAGAUUGGAAGCGAACCAGCAGAACCGCCGUCUGACUCUUGAGGACUUGGAGGAUAGUUGGGAUCGUGGCUUGCCGCGCAUCAACACUCUCUUCCAGAAGGACAGAAGCACCUUGAGUUUCGACAAGGGAUUCCGCGCUCGCGCAGAGUUCAAGAUCUAUCAGCUCAUGAAGAACAACCCUUUCUGGUGGACUAGCCAGAGGCACGACGGAAAACUGUGGAACCUCAACGCUUACCGUACCGAUGUUAUCCAAGCUCUUGGUGGUGUCGAGACCAUCCUCGAGCACACGCUGUUCAAAGCAACGGGUUUCCCAUCAUGGGAAGGCUUGUUCUGGGAAAGAGCAAGCGGUUUCGAGGAAUCCAUGAAGUUCAAGAAGUUGACAAACGCUCAACGAUCCGGUCUGAACCAAAUCCCCAACAGACGCUUUACCCUUUGGUGGUCACCUACGAUCAACAGAGCCAACGUCUACGUCGGUUUCCAAGUCCAGCUUGAUCUGACUGGUAUCUUCUUACACGGCAAGAUCCCUACUCUCAAGAUCUCGCUCAUCCAGAUUUUCCGCGCCCAUUUGUGGCAGAAGAUCCACGAGUCGGUCGUCAUGGAUUUGUGUCAGGUCUUUGACCAGGAGCUCGAGUCCCUCGGAAUUGAGACGGUGCAGAAGGAGACGAUUCAUCCCAGAAAGUCCUACAAGAUGAACAGUUCUUGCGCCGAUAUUCUUCUCUUCGCUAGUCACAAGUGGAACGUCACUCGACCUUCACCCUUGUUUGACACCAAGGAUGUUAUCGAGCCCACCACUACGAACAAGUUCUGGAUCGAUGUCCAGCUCAGAUAUGGUGACUACGAUUCUCACGACAUUGAGAGAUACACUCGUGCCAAGUACCUUGAUUACACCACGGACAGUGCCAGUAUCUAUCCUUCAGCAACCGGUCUCAUGAUUGGUAUCGAUCUGGCUUACAACCUGUACUCUGCUUACGGCAUGUACUUCCCUGGUCUGAAGGUUCUCAUCCAGCAGGCCAUGGCCAAGGUUAUGAAGGCUAACCCCGCUCUCUACGUCCUGAGAGAGCGUAUCCGCAAGGGUCUGCAGCUUUACGCCUCUGAGAGCAACCAGGAGUUCCUCAACUCUCAGAACUACUCUGAACUCUUCAGCAACCAGACGCAGCUCUUCAUUGACGAUACCAACGUCUACCGUGUAACGAUUCACAAGACCUUUGAGGGUAACUUGACCACCAAGCCCAUCAACGGUGCCAUCUUCAUCUUCAACCCCAGAACCGGUCAGCUGUUCCUGAAGAUUAUUCACACGAGCGUUUGGGCUGGUCAGAAGCGUCUUGGACAGUUGGCAAAGUGGAAGACAGCCGAAGAAGUAGCGGCGCUCAUCCGCUCUCUCCCCGUGGAAGAGCAGCCGAAGCAGCUCAUCGUCACCCGCAAGGGUCUAUUGGAUCCCUUGGAAGUCCAUUUGCUCGACUUCCCCAAUAUUGCCAUUAGAGCCUCCGAGCUGCAACUUCCGUUCCAGGCAGCCAUGAAGGUCGAGAAGCUGGGAGAUAUGAUUCUUCGCGCUACCGAGCCGCAGAUGGUACUCUUCAACCUCUACGACGAGUGGCUGAAGAGCAUCUCGUCAUACACCGCCUUCUCCCGUCUGAUACUGAUCCUGCGUGCCCUCCACGUCAACCCGGACAAGACCAAGCUCAUCCUGCGUCCGGAUAAGACGGUCAUCACACAGGACCACCACAUCUGGCCGACGCUCUCCGACGAGGACUGGAUCAAGGUCGAGACGCAGCUGCGCGAUCUUAUCCUGAACGACUAUGGAAAGAAGAACAACGUCAACGUCUCGAGUCUUACUAGCAGCGAAGUCCGUGACAUCAUUCUGGGUAUGGAGAUCUCCGCGCCCUCCAUGCAACGCCAGCAGGCCGCCGAGAUCGAGAAGCAACAGCAGGAGCAGCAGCAGCUGACGGCUGUGACGACAAAGACACAAAACGUCCACGGCGAGGAAAUCAUCGUCACAACAACGUCUCAAUUCGAGCAGCAGACAUUCGCCUCCAAGACGGAGUGGCGCACUCGCGCCAUCGCCACGUCCAACCUGCGCACAAAGGCAAACAACAUCUACGUCUCAUCUGUCGACAACGACCUCGAGGAGAUCACAUACGUGAUGCCUAACAACAUCCUCAAGCGCUUCAUCACUAUCGCCGACCUCCGCGUCCAGGUCGCCGGCUAUCUCUACGGAUCCUCCGCCCCGGACAACGACCAGGUCAAGGAAAUCAAGUGCAUCGUCAUGAUCCCUCAGAUCGGUGGCCUGCGCAACGUCCAGCUCCCCCAACAGCUGCCCCAGCACGAAUUCCUCGAGGGUAUGGAACCCCUCGGCGUAAUCCACACCGCUUCGGGUGCAGAACUCCCCUACAUGUCCGCCGCCGACGUCACCGAACACGCUCGCCUCCUCGACGCCCACAGCUCGGCCUGGGACAAGCACGACACCGUCACCGUAAACGUGGCCUUCACCCCCGGCUCCGUCUCCCUCUCGGCCUGGGGCCUCACCCCCACAGGCUACAAGUGGGGUGCCGAGAACAGGGACACGCAGAGCGACCAGCCCCAAGGCUUCACGACGACCAUGGGCGAGAAGCGCAAGCUCCUGCUGAGCCCGCGCUUCCGCGGCUUCUUCCUCGUGCCCGAGAACGGCAUGUGGAACUACAGCUUCAUGGGCUCGGCCUUUGCGGGCAUGGAGAAGAAGCCCGUGCACGUCAAGCUCGAUACGCCGCUGCCGUUCUACAGCGACCAGCACCGUCCCGUGCACUUCCACAGCUUUGCGGAGCUCGAGGAUAUCUGGGUCGACAGGACUGACAACUUCGCUUAA